AUGCAUUGUCACGGCGGACCUGUCUCUUGCCUCAAGGACACAUGGACAGAUAUUGAUAUCAGCCCCUUUCUCGCCGCAAAUGGGUACGCCGUAUUCUGCCCGAACCCCCGUGGCUCGACAGGGCUUGGCCAGGAUUUCAUCAGCCAGGUAUACGGCGACAUGGGCGGAGCGGGAUCGAGCAUCUGA